GCCGUCGUUCUCUUCUUAGCGCCGAAGAUUCACAAUUCCGCGUGCCAUGCGCAUCUAGCGCUUCUCAAAUCCACGCCACGCCCCAGCUCAAAAAAAAGAAGAACAAAAACAGAUCGAUGGAGGCGAAGAUGGGGCGAUUCUUCGAGUCGGUGGGCAACUUCUUCACCGGCGGUGACAACAUCCCCUGGUGCGACCGCGACAUCAUCGCCGGCUGUGAAAGAGAGCUUGCCGAUGCUGCAACUGAAGAACAGAGGAAUAAUAGCCUUAUGAGGCUAUCCUGGGCCCUUGUGCAUUCCAGGCAGCAGGAUGAUGUGAAUCGUGGAAUUAGCAUGAUUGAAGCUUCUUUGGAUAAUUCAAGCAGUCCACUUCAGACUAGGGAAAAGUUGUACUUGUUGGCUGUUGGGAACUACAGAAGUGGUGACUACUCAAAAAGCCGGCAACUUGUUGAACGUUGUUUGGAGGUUCAACCUGACUGGAGGCAAGCCUUAUCACUGAAGAAGGCAAUAGAAGAUAAAAUUGCCAAAGAUGGCCUGAUUGGUAUUGGAAUAGCAACAACUGCCGUUGGACUUCUGGUUGGUGGAAUCGCAGCUGCUGUUGCCAGGAAGAAGUGAGAUGCAUAGAUGGUACCUGCUCACCUAUGAUGCAGGAGACGUUUUCUUCUGUUGUAAUGUUUUAGCCGUUCUGCUGUUACUUUGGUGAUAUUUGAGUCGAAUUGCAACAGUUAUAAUGUGUACAAAGCGAGUGCAUGACAAUACUCGAGAGGCAAUGUAGCCUUUGUUCAGUGGUUUGCCCAUC